GAUUUUACUUCUGUGUAGGUCCUACGCUUGUUGUGGAUGGCAUGGCUUGCCUCCGCCACUGGUAUUCAUGUCAGGACUGGGUGUGUGGAGGUCAGUGGAAGGAGUACGUUGAUGGCCUGAAGUCCUGGGUGGAGGCAUUUACUUCUGCAGGCAUCAAACUGGUCUUUUUCUUUGAUGGAGUCGUGGAAGAGAAGAAGAGACAAGAGUGGGUGAAGAGGAGACUCAGAGUGAACAAAGAUGUUUCAAAGUUAUUUAGCCACAUCAAGCAGUAUGGAGAGCAGCCUGGUAAACAGCUCUUUUGCCUGCCCUCUGGUCUGGCAACAUUUACACCAUUUGCUCUCAAGUCGCUGGGCCAGCAAGUGUUUUGUUCAGUGCGGGAAGCAGACUAUGAAAUUUCCAGCUAUGCGCGUCAGCAUGACUGCAUGGGUAUUCUGGGACAGGACUCAGACUUCCUCAUAUAUGAUAGUGUGCCGUACUUGUCUGUGGCGAAGCUGCGGAUAAACAGCCUCACCACUGUGAUGUACGACCGCCAGAGGCUCUGCAGAACUAUCGGACUGUCUGUUACCCAGCUACCUCUGCUAGCCUGUCUCCUCGGUAAUGACGUGGUGGCAGAGGAGCAGAUGUGGCUCAUCAGGGACAACGCCAUGGUGACAUACAGAAAAAACAAUCCAGCACCGUGUUAUGGUGCUCCUCAGGGGCAGGUGGUGCUAGCAGUAGCCCAGUUUGUGAGCUCUUUGUAUAGCAGAGACGAUGAAGAUACUCAACUUGUCCCACAGUCUCUGAAUGUAUCAGCUGCUGAUAAAGAACUACUGGAGAAUGGGAUUUGCUCCUACUUGCUACCUGGAGACAAAGGUUUCGAGCUGGUUUCUUCUCCCCCCUCUGCCUCUGCCUUUGAGAAACAUGUUCAUCCAGAAAUAUUAAAGGCAUGUAGAGAGAAACAUGUGGCAGCCGAGGGUUUCAUGGUUUACAGUGUUGUGUGUGCUGGAGUCACUGAAUGUAGCAACUCUCUAGAGGAUGAGGAGGACACUGAACUGCUGCCUCAGGCCAUCGUCUACAAAACUUGUAGACAGCGGGUUUAUGGCUUACUGCUGCUGCUUGGGCAAGAUGGCAGGACUGAGGACUUUCCAGCUGUCAAGGAGUGGUUUGUCUUCCCUGGAAACCCUCUGAAAGAACCUGACAUGGUGCAUCCUGUCCCAGUCACCCUCCCAUGUGACCAACCCAGCCUGGACUUACUGUGGUUUCACGGUGGUCCUGAAGUUUCUGGUUUUCGUCUCGCGGCCUUCCUUUCUAUUUUCGACUGCCAGGAGUACUCUGAGCUCUGUGGAGCAAUUGAAGACUCUCUGCUGGCGGCUCUUUGUCUGGUCACACACAUAGUCCUGCAGGUGCAAACCUUGUCUCAAGAGGACGUUGAUGCUUACCUGAGUCAGGCUGUGUGUCUGAGACUGAAGUCUUCACAGGAGCUUCAGCAGAUUGAGCUCCCUCUUCUUUCUAGCCGUGCAGUGCAGCUGGGUUCUCUUUACGUCCGAGGACUGGGCCACGUGCUGGGUGCUAAUACUGCCAGCGGUUGUCCACUGCCCAGUUUGGCCCUGAUGCCUUGGCACUGCUUCGAUGGACGACUAUUCCAUUCAAAAUACCUGCUGGCACAUAGUGGGGAAGAGAAAACUGAGCUGCUGGGCAAUGAUGAGUCCUGUCUUUCUCUAUUUCAUCAGCUGAAGGAGAAACUUGUAGAAACCUGCGGGAGGAAAGGCAGAGUCUUACGGUCCAGACCCAAGGGACCACACACUGGUGGCAUUGGAUGGCGAGACACACACUCAGAUUUUCCUUCAAGUCUUGGUGAAAGUUGGAGAGGAAGAGGAGAAACCAAAAGGGCCCAGCAAGGUGGAUGGGAAUGGAGGGAGAGAGGGGAGGAAAGAAGAAGCAACUAUGAACACAGAGACAGACUGAGGAGUGGAGGAGAACUCGGAGGAGGAAGCCAAUAUUUUAAUUCAUUCCGUCCUAACUGUGGUGAUGGACAACCCCAGGGCAUGAGCCGACCUCCGAAACAGUUCAGAGGUCGAUCGCAUCAUUCCAGAGGCAGAUACCGGCUGGCUCCCAGGUGGUCACAGCCUCCCGCUCCAUGAACACAUCUUGACUCUGAAGAGAGAAGAGAGGAUCCAAGGAUUAGAAGGGGGACUUAGAGAAUUAAGAGGAGAAGACAUGAUGAAAGGAUAUUGAGAAUCAAGUUUCCUUGAACAAACUGCUUACUGACUGAUCUGUCAUGAAUGUUUGUCUAAAGGCUGCAGCAGGAAGAAAAAUACGGAUUAAGAGCGGGCAGCGUGAGGUUAGGUCUACAUCGUGUGGUUUCAAAGUUCAACCUAAAUGUGUUAGUGUGUGCAUCUCGGAUGGCCCUGCGGAGCCACUUCUGAAGUGAACCAGCAGUUUUUGCCUCGUCUCAGGUUAACAAACGCUUUUCUUUGCUUUUUUUCUCUUUUUUUUUUACUGUGACAGAAUAUGAACAAAAUGAAGAAGUCAAACAAACUUAUCAACGGACCACUUCAGACUCUCUCUUGGACAUGGAUUAAUGUUUAAUCCCGAGGCCUGUUUCUAUUCCUUAGCUUUUAAAGUCAAUAGGAAACGAUCUCAAACUGUGUGUGUGCCUCGUGGCAUAAUCCUUUUAAAGGAAGACUUUUGACUAGAGGAACAGUGAUGCCUGGAUCAAAUAUCAAAGUGAAUGAUUAUCCUCUAUAAUCUAUAUAAAAAAAAAAUACAAAAAAAAAACAGGCCACUACAUUUGAUGUUUUUAAUACUUUCAGUUGUUUGUAAUAGUUUAAGAAAAUAUAUGUUUUUGAAUAAUAUUUUCAUUAGUUAUUGUCCAAAUUAGUCACCAACAUCUGUAAUUAUAUAUUCAUGCUUUACUUUUUAUCAACACGUGGAUGCAUGUGUACGUUGGUUGGUUACUGAAUGGACAGUUAAAUUAGUUGUUUUUUUCUGUGCACGCCAAUAAAUUUGCCUUCACAGGUUAAUUUUUAUAUUUUUAAAACCGAAGCAUUGUCUCUUAAUGCCAGCAUGUCUUUUCCUGUUUUGAGAGGUUAUUUUUUCAUUACUGUACAGUAACAUGAAACGUUUAAUGGCGCCUUGUAACAACAAUGGUGCCAACGGUGUUAACCAAAGUCAAAUUCCCUGUUUUGAUAUGUUAAAACUUUGUCAUUAA